UACAAGAAAAAUCACUGUGAUAUUUUAAGAGUCUAAAAUAUAUAUAUUUAUAGAUCAUCAGAAGUUCGCAAGUAAAGCACCUAGCUUAGGCUAACUGCAUCUUGUGAACACUCAGUGGUUGUGUGUAGGCGACGACAAUGAUAACGCUAGCACAGCUGAUGAUUUUUGUUGGAUUCCUGAUAAUUGUUCUAGCACUCGUGAAACUUUUUGUUCUUAUCCGGGGAAAUGAACCGUCGCUUGCGCAGUUUCCAACUAAAUAUCCUGACGAUAAAAACAAGGGCAAAGUUGUGGAUUAUUAUGAUGCUGCCAUUGUGGGGGCUGGGCCUGCAGGUGCCACUUGUGCCUAUUACUUAAGUAAGGCAGGAUGGAAGGUGUUGCUGCUGGAGAAGAAAAAGUUUCCAAGGGACAAGUACUGUGGAGAUGCAGUGUGCAAGACUGGCAUUGAAAUUUUGAUCGAAAUGGGCAUCUAUGACUCACUAAUCACACAGAACAAAGCUCAUGUAUCUGACAGUGGUGGAAUGGUGAGUCCCGCAGGCCUGUCUUUCAUUGGCCGCAGCAAAGAGGGAUUAGGUGGUGUACCUGCAGCCAUUGCCAUCAAACGCACUCACCUGGACGAGGCUAUUGCAAAAGCUGCAAAAAGGAUAGGUGCAGACUUAAGAGAAGAAGCUCCAGUCAAAGAUGCUAAACUUGACAAAGAGGCUGGCUUAUGGACAAUUUCCAUUGAAGAUGAUGAGAGAACUUUCAGAUCAAGGGUCUUGGUGUGUGCAGAUGGUGCACCUUCUAAGUUAGCUACAGAACUUGGACUUGUAACAAGGCCACCAGACAGCACUUGCUCCAGAGCCUUUGUUGAGGGAGGGACUCACCGUUUUAAUGCUGACGGUGUAGUAUUCUACAACAAAGAGAUGCUACCAGGCUAUUCUGCACUGUUCCGACACCCCAAUGAUGAGCUCAACUUUUGUUGCUACAUCAUCCCUGGCAAUCCAAAAGUACGAAGUGAAGACCUUGCCUAUUGGCACAACUAUCUUUUGGAAAAGGACCCUGCCAUCACCAAGGCUCUAGGGGACAGAUACAAGAUUGAACGCAUGAAAGCAGCCAGCCUUCGACUUGGUGGUGAGAAGCAGUCAUCAGGGGAUCAUGUUCUUGUUGUGGGAGAUGCUGCAGGCAUGAUUGACCCUCUCACAGGGGAGGGAAUCCACCAUGCGAUGGAAGGUGGGAAGAUUGCAGCAGAGUUUCUGGGAGAAGCAUUUAUGCAGGGGAAUUAUGAUUCAGAAGCAAUGCGCAUUUAUCAUGGAAGAUGGAUGAAGCGUUUUGGUUACGACUUUAAAUGGUCGAUGAUGUUCUGUCAGCUACUAUACAGAUUUCCAAUUUUAGUGGAUGCUGCCACUGCAGCAGUGCAGCGAAAAGGAGAAAAAUUUCUUCUGAAAUGGGCCGACAUUAUGACAGGUCGGGUGCCCAAGAUUACUCUGCUUUUUCCGGAGUACAGUCUUGUUAUUACAUAUGAGCUUCUGCUAAUCAUCAUCAAACGUCUGUUUGGAUGGAGGCAACACUCCCCAGCUGCACAAAAGAAUGAAUAAUUUAAUGAAAUCCAAGAUAAACUGCCAGGGACUUUACUGUAACCCUGUCCACGAGCAUGGCUAACGCGUCGGGCACAAACGGCUAUUUCUGCUGUAAAAGUAAACAUAUCAGCUGUAUGUGAACAUGGAUGAAUGGUUGUUGGUUAAGUCAGUUUACUUUUGUAUUUCAAGUCUGUAAAGCACUUUGAGCAAAUGAUGGAAAAUUGCUAUAUCAUUAUUAUGAGCUACAAAAUCAGCACCAUCUGCCACACUAUGUGCUACCAACACUUGUGUGCAUUUGUUUUGGGCUUGAUUACUUCAACUCCUUGCUGGCAGGCUGCCCCUAGUACCCUCCAGAAAGUACAGAGCUCCGCUGCACGUCUUGUGCUUAGAACCAGGAAGCGGGUCCAUGCCACCCCUCUCCUGUUUUCUACACUGGCUCGCAUCCAGUACAGUCUCUCCUCUUCGUUUUGUCCACUGGUUACCGUGCAUUUCAUAGAACUGUCCAUUGUUGUGUUAUAAUUUCUUUGCAGGCUCCUGCCCUAUUUUUCUGAACUUCCCUUAUAUUCCAACCAGACAACUCCCUUUUGCAUCUGAUGAUUGUCUCCUAUUUCUAUGACCAGAAAAAGUCACAGGAUUUUUUUAGUCACUGUGCAGCAAAACAAUGAAACUCUUUUCCCUUCCAUAUCUGCCACCUAUCCGCAAAAUCUUUUAAAUGUGCAAUGAAAAACGCACCUCUAUCUUGAUCAUCUUCAAACUCCCUUGCUUGCAGAAUUACCGUACUGUCAGUCCUUGUUACCAUUUUCCGCUUUUCAUUUUUUGUUCUUCAUGUCUUUUAUUAGUCAUCAGUGCUGAUGUUUAUACUUCCAAGCAAGUUCCUCAUGAGUGUAUGUAUUAUAUAAAUCACACUAUUUUUUAGUAAUAAUUUUCUGACAAUUCAAAUGUUUAAAUCAUGAAAUUUGUUUUGAGACUGCCUUGUGAAACUGCAUUAGUCACAUGUACUUACUAUAACACCAAAGAUCAUUUUCCUAAUUAAGUUUUCAAAAUAAAAAUAUGAGGUGACAAGAAGUCUUUUUGAAUGAUUAUCUGCAUUUUUAUUGUAUAUAACACUGAAGUAAUAAAUGUUACAAAACAGCAAACAAAAACAGCUUUUUUAAAAAAAAAGUUUACUUUGUAAAUAUUUAGAACAAAAGCUGAGAAUGACUGCGAAUCACAUUUAAAAAAAAAAAAAAA